AUAAUGACUCCGUGUUGAGCUGUAAGAGGCGCUCGCACGAAAUGGGAACCGUGCGAAUCUGCGUCUGCGGUGAUGAAGGGACGGGCAAGUCGAGCUUGAUAACCUCGCUGGUCAAAGGAGUCUUUGUCACAAACAAGAUCCAGGCUGUCCUGCCGCAAGUGACCAUCCCUCCUACCAUUGGGACGCCUGAGAAUGUGACCACAACCACGAUUGUCGAUACUUCUGCCUUGCCGCAGGAACGGAACAACCUCGCAAAGGAGCUUCGCAAGUCUAACGUCAUCCUCCUCGUUUACUCCGACCACUACAGUUAUGAGAGGGUUGCGUUAUUCUGGCUUCCGUAUUUCCGUUCACUGGGGGUCAAUGUUCCUGUUGUGCUGUGUGCCAAUAAAUCGGAUCUCUUGCACGAGCAUGGCGAGUCACAGCCAAUCGAGGAAGAGAUGCUACCCAUCAUGACGGAGUUCAAGGAGAUUGACUCGUGUAUCCGAAGUAGCGCUAGGACGCAUAGGAACGUAAAUGAGUCGUUCUUCCUCUGCCAGAAGGCUGUAACCUAUCCGAUUUCUCCUCUUUACGAUUCAAAGGAGUCAGUGCUUAAACCAGCUGCUAUCCAUGUGCUUCAUAGAAUAUUCUAUUUAUGUGACAAGGACCGCGAUGGGUACUUGAGCGAUGGUGAAAUUGAAAGCUUUCAAAGGAAGUGUUUUGGCAAACACAUAAGUGAGGAAGACCUGGUAAACAUCAAGGAUACCAUCCGAAGGGCGUUGCCCGACUCUGUCACGCCGUCUGGGAUAGACGCCAAGGGCUUUCUUCAUUUGAACAAGUUGUACGUUGAAAAGGGCCGGCAUGAGACCGUAUGGAUCAUACUUCGAGCCUUUCAAUAUACAGACAACCUAUCUCUUCAGGAGGAGUUUUUGCACCCGCGGUUCGAGGUGCCUCCUUUCUCUUCUGCUGAGCUCUCACCUGCCGGAUACCGGUUCCUUGUGGAUCUUUUUCUACUCUGUGACAAGGACAACGAUGGAGGGCUGAAUGAGGAGGAGCUUACAUCCAUAUUUGCCCCAACACCAGGUCUGCCCGCCUCGUGGACAGAGGACUCAUUCCCGUCAUCCACCGUUCGUAAUGAGGCCGGCCACGUAACCUUGCAGGGCUGGCUGGCACAGUGGAGUAUGACCACGUUUACAUCUCCCAAGACAACUUUGGAAUACCUUGCAUAUCUCGGGUUUGAGUCUUUUGACCGCAACAACCCUACAACUACCGCCGCCCUUCAGAUCACCAAGCCCCGGAAACGCCGCAGACGACCCGGUCGAGUAGGCCGUAACGUUGUUCUCUGCCAUGUUGUCGGCGCACCUGGCUCAGGCAAGUCGUCUCUCCUUGACGCCUUCCUAUCUCGAGGCUUCUACCCGUCCUACCGCCCUACCAUUCAACCGCGUACAGCUGUCAACACGGUUGAGCUUCCGGGCGGUAAGCAAUGCUAUAUGAUCCUUGAUGAGUUAGGAGAGCUAGAACCUGCCAUUCUCGAUAAUGAGACAAAGCUGCUCGACCAGUGUGAUGUAAUCGCGUACACGUACGACUCUUCUGAUCCGGAUUCGUUCGCUUAUAUCCCCAAACUGCGAGCCAAAUACCCACAUCUAGAGGAGUUGCCGAGCGUCUUCAUUGCAUUAAAGGCUGAUCUGGACCGGACUACUCAACGGGCCGAGCUACAGCCAGACGAAUACACGAGCAAGUUAAACAUGCCGGGUCCGCCAUUGCACGUCAGCGUGACUUGGAGUUCGAUACAGGAGUUGUUCGUGCAUAUAGCAGAGGCAGCCAUGGAACCCAGUACUGCCUUCCCCCGCGUUGAGGAAGAUGUGGAAGGAAAAUGGAUGGCGUGGGGCAUUGCGAUCGGAGCUGUUGUCUGUGCCGGUGCGGCAGCUGUUGUUAUAUGGCGACGGGUCAGUUGGGGUGGGAAAUAUUAG